ACCAAAAGACGUGCUGAGAAUUGAAAGAAACCAAGGUGCUAGCAUGGCUCUCACAGAUAAGGAAUGGGAAAUUGCCAUUGAGGAAAAGAUUUCCCAACUCAAGAACACUGAUAACAAUGGUACAGUAGCAGCACACACUGGUGGUACCCAGACCAAGUUCAUAACCAUAACACACCCAUUGGAUCCUUUAUUCCCUUCGACUAUUGAUCAUACUCUAUUGAAACCGGAUGCUACUUCAGCACAGAUUGAUGUUUUGUGCUAUGAGGCGAUAAGCUAUGGGUUCAAGUCAUGCUGCAUGAACGGAGUCCACAUUAAACAAGUUGCUGAACGAUUACGCGGAUCCAAAUCUAUUCCAUGUGCAGUGAUUGGGUUUCCCCUCGGGGAAAAUACUACGGCUGUAAAAAUGUUCGAAGCCCAAGACACCAUCUUCAAUGGCGCGCGCGAAAUCGAUAUGGUAAUAAAUAUUGGCGCACUCAAAUACCAAUCUUACACCACUGUUUUUGAUGAUAUUUGUGCUGUUGCUGAAGCAUGCCACGUCUACCAGCCUCAGCUCCAUCAACACGAUCUACAAUCCUCCAAGUUGUCCCUCACCCAACCAGGUGAAGAAGCUAUGAGAAAAGUUAACCUAAAAGUCAUCCUGGAAACUAUAUUUCUCUCCGACUCCGAAAAAAAUUGCUGGAGCAUUCAUCGCUGCUGAAGCUGGUGCAGAUUUUGUCAAGACGUGUACUGGGUUUGGCAGGGGAGGAGCGACAAUGGAGGAUGUGGGGCUUUUGUAUUGGGCUGUGGAAUAUACUUCUGGGAGGAAUGAUGGGAAGGGUGAUAAAGUUGAAGUGAAAAGAUGGGAGUAUCAAC